GUGACGUCAUCGAACGCGAAUCAGGAAGCCAAACAAUGAUGGCUUUUUUCUUUGGCAAGUGAAUGAAACGCGAAAUCGGGAAAUUCAAAAGAAAAAAUCGUAAAUUUAAAAGAAUCCCCCGCCCCCACUGAACUUCAAAUUGGUACUUGUACGCUUGUAAGGGAAAGGAUGACUUCGGACACUUGAAGGGCUGGUUGAUCUUUCUGAGCGCCAAAAUCUUUUCCACUCUUGUUGCGCUUCGACGAUCGUCGACGUUCGUCGAGUAGCAUAGUGCGUAAGCAUUUGGGUCAACAACUCUGAGGAGCCCGGUUCGAAUCCCCCAAGCAGCUGCCGCUUUCACAAUGAGCUCCAGGCUGUGCAGGACCUGCGGGGGGGCGGACAUCGAUGUGGACCAGGCUCGGGGAAGCGCCGUGUGCACCAGCUGCGGUUCGGUUCUGGAGGACAACAUCAUCGUCUCCGAGGUCCAGUUUGUGGAAGGAAGUGGAGGAGUGUCCUCCGCUGUGGGACAGUUUGUCUCGACCGACGGUCCGGCCAAGACUCCCCUGAUUGGUUCUGGUUUCCACACGAGUGUCGGCAAAGAGUCCCGCGCGCAGACGCUGCAAAGUGGGAGGCGGCAGAUCUAUCACCUUGGCAACCAGCUGCAGCUCAACCAGCACUGCCUGGACACGGCCUUCAACUUCUUCAAGAUGGUGGUCAGCAGACAUCUGACGCGCGGACGCAAAACCGAACACAUCAUCGCCGCCUGCCUCUACCUGGUGUGUCGCACGGAGGGGACGCCGCAUAUGUUGCUGGAUCUGAGCGACCUGCUGCAGGUCAACGUUUACAUCCUGGGGAAAACCUUCCUGUUGUUGGCUCGCGAACUCUGCAUCAACGCGCCCGCCGUCGAUCCGUGCCUGCUGAUCCCUCGCUUCGCUCACAUGCUGCAAUUUGGCAUCAAGACUCACGACGUCUCCAUGACGGCCCUUCGUCUGGUUCAGAGGAUGAAGAGGGACUGGAUGCACACGGGCCGCCGGCCCUCCGGACUCUGCGGCGCCGCCCUGCUGGUGGCGGCCCGCAUGCACAAGUUCCGGCGUACGGUGAAGGACGUGAUCGGGGUGGUCAAAGUGUGUCAGGCCACGCUGAGGAAGAGGCUUGUGGAGUUCGAGGACACGCCCACCAGUCACCUGACCAUCGACGAGUUCAUGAAGGUGGACCUGGAGCAGGAAUGCGAUCCGCCGUCUUUCACCGCCGCUCAGCACAAGACCAAGAUGCAGCAGCUGGAGCGAGAGCUGACCAAGAAGCUCAACGAGGUGCAAGGAGAGCUGAGUUGCUACCAAGACCAGAUCGAGAGCGAACUGGAGAAGAGCCGACCCAAACUGCGGGGAAUCUACGCCGCCUACGUGCACGAAACGGACCCUCGGGGCGAGGGUAUCCCGGCGGACUCCGCGUCCGACGCCGAAGAUCGUGACCUCCGAAGCGCCGACCGUCACCUCACGCGCAACUUCCUGUGCCAAGUGAUGCAAGAGGAGGGAGGGUGGGGCCCCGAGGAGCGCCAGCGUGACGACGGAGAGGCGGGCCCCCAGGAGGGACCGCGCCGCCCGCCCUCCGUUGCCCACCUGCUGGACGGGUCCGCCGCUCUGGACCUGCGGCAAAGCUUCCGCAUGUUGGACGAGGACCGCGACAAGUCCGAGGCCGAGGAGGAGAACUCGGAGGGCGGCGGCGACCUGGAUCUGGACGGGAUCGACGAGCUGGAGAUCGAGAAGGUGAGUCGAGCCGCGGAGGGUCCGCAAAGCCGUUUUCCACCGCUGUCGUGUCCCCUUCAGUACAUCCUGAGCGACAAGGAGGUCCAAGUCAAGACGCGGCUGUGGAUGGAGCAGAACCGAGAAUACCUGCGAGAGCAGAAAGAGAAAGAAGAACAAAUUCGGCGAGACAAGGAAGACGGGACGUACCGGGAGAAGCCCCAGACGUCCGAGAAGACCAAGAAGAAGAAGAAGGCGGACGCCGUCCCGGCGGCCACGGCGGGCGAGGCCAUCAAGAAGAUGUUGGAGAAGAAGAAGAUCUCGGCCAAGAUCAACUACGACGUCCUCAACGACCUCAACGGUGGCCAGACGCCAAGCGAGGCCGGCGGCCCUCCUGAAGAGGCCGCCCCCGAGUCCCCCGUCAGAAAAAGACGCCGCUGCAAGCGGGCGCCGGGCCACGUCGGGGCGGGCAUGGCCACCAGCGCCGACGUCAUGGGAAAAAGGCUGGGCCCGCUCUUCUCGGGACCGCCAAAGAAGAAAAGCCCGUCCGAGUCGGUUUCCACGACGACGGACGGCGCGCGAGCAGAACCCGAGGCGGACGCGCGCUUGGCCGAGAGGGAAAAGCGAGAGGCGGGUGAAGAAGAUGAAGAGGAGCGGGAAAAGGACAACGAGGACGACGAGUGCGUCAGCGCUCUGCAGCUCGUUCAACAUUUUGGCUGUUUGGCAGAAGAAGACGAGGAGAUCUUCUAGCUGCGCACUCGCUUGUCUUUGUCGAGAUGAGCAUGAAAAUGCGGAUUAAAGACCCGCCAAGGAGCAAAAGGCGCUCGUUUGACUUCCUGCCAUUUGGCACCAAAAGAAGAGUUGACAAAAAAAGGACACAAUGAUACAAAGCAACACUCAGACAACGGCGCCAUCUUCACCACUUUGUUGUCCGCACAUGUUGCCCGUGGACACGUACGCACGGGCGUCAUUCUCUUUGAGCGCGACGAGAGCCAAAAGGGCCAAUAAAGAGCCGGCCGGGCAAGCCGCUUUUUGGAAAAA